AACCAGUCUUACAGCUGGUAGAUUGCAAUAGGAGAAUCGAAUCGAAUCCACUUGCUGAAGCCACAAAAACAACCACCUGCUGCCAUUGCCAGACAAGCUGCCACAAUUUAUUGCCGAAGAAGUUGCUGCCAUGCCACCAGCUCUACCGAAAAUUCCACCACCCCCUCUGCCGCCGAUGAUGUCAAAGCAAAAGAAUGAGGAGGUGAGCUAUUACAAGGAUGAUAUGGACGAGUGGACAACCUUCAUGAUAACGACAUUGAUUCCUCCUCUAUUGUCUCCCAACCCCGUCACGGCCGAUAUGCUGUCUCAACCAGGCGACGCCGGUCCAAAGAAGACCACUACGCUUCAAACCGGCGACACAUCGUUUGAGAAUCUGGAAAAGGAUACAUCUUGUGGCAGUUUCCCCGUACUCCAAUGGGCUGCACUGACAUUCACUCAGAAAGUUCUCCCAAUCGACGACAGAUUCGUGCCCAUUGCCGAAGAAGAAGUGCAACCGAUGCUGGACGAAACGAGACUUGCCAAGUGUUUACCAGAGCCCACUGUCCCAUUUCCAGAUCCUA